CCCAGAGUCCACUCCCAAUGUCGACACUUUUUGAAUCUCAACCACAAGAACGAAUCUCUCUCGGCUGAGAGAGAGAGAGAGAGAGAGAGAGAGAGAGAGAGAGAGAGACGAUGUCCAUGGCAUUGAAACUCACCGUUUCACCCGCUUCUCGUCCGCCGUUGCCGACGCUCCAACUGUCACAUUUCCCUUCCCGCCAAAACUUGAGCCUGAGUGUGCGUGCCUCCUCCCCGGGCGCCACCGUCAUCGGCACAAAUCAGAGCUUUCUCUCCCCUCCUAAUCCUCCCAAUUGGGACCGAUCUGUGACUGCCAAGGCCGGUUUCCAGCUCAAUGUGAACGCCCCUCUCAUCUCUGCUCAUGACCAAUGGGGCAUCUGGACGGUUCUCUUCGCCACCGGCGCUUUCGGUAUCUGGUCAGAGAAGAACACGAAGAUUGGGAGCGCAUUGAGUGGGGCGUUGAUGAGCAUAUUGAUCGGACUUGCAGCCAGCAGUUUGGGAAUCAUUUCUUCGAAUUCGCCCGCGUAUUCGAUUGUGUUGGAGUUCCUGCUCCCGCUGGCUGUUCCGUUGCUUCUGUACAGGGCGGAUUUGCGCCGCGUGGUCAAAUCAACCGGCGCACUUCUCUUGGCCUUCUUGGUUGGAUCAGUUGCAACAACAGUUGGAACAGUGGUGGCGUAUCUAUUGGUGCCAAUGCGAUCGCUUGGUUCAAACAGUUGGAAAAUAGCAGCUGCACUCAUGGGCAGACAUAUCGGUGGAGCUGUCAAUUAUGUUGCCAUAUCUGAUGCUCUUGGGGUCUCUCCGUCAAUUUUAGCGGCUGGCCUAGCCGCAGAUAAUGUCAUUUGUGCUGUAUAUUUUUCAACAUUGUUUGCGUUGGCUUCUAGAGUACCUCCUGAGCCUCCUGUAUCUGGUGAUGGCAUUGCAAAGGGUGCAGACUCUGAGCCUGCAAACAAGCUUCCUCUGAUACAAACUGCUACGUCCCUUGCCGUGUCCUUAGCCAUCUGCAAGGCUGGACAUUACGUCACGAAAUAUUAUGGAAUUCAAGGAGGUAUCCUUCCAGCUGUGACAGCCAUUGUUGUUAUUCUGGCGACUGUGUUUCCUAGACAGUUUGCGUAUCUUGCACCAACUGGUGAGGCUAUGGCUAUGAUCCUAAUGCAGGUAUUUUUUACAGUCGUGGGAGCAAGCGGGAAUAUAUGGAGUGUGAUUAACACCGCUCCUAGUAUCUUCUUAUUCGCUUUAAUCCAGGUCGCUGUUCAUCUUGCUGUGAUCCUCGGAAUGGGAAAGCUAUUUGGGUUUGAACUAAAGCAGUUGCUUAUAGCAUCGAAUGCCAAUGUUGGAGGCCCUACAACAGCAUGCGGAAUGGCCACGGCCAAAGAGUGGCCGUCUAUGAUUGUUCCUGGUAUUCUUGUCGGCAUUUUUGGCAUUGCGAUCGCAACUUUCAUCGGCAUUGGAUUUGGGGUUGCGGUUCUAAAAUACAUGUAAUGUGAAACUUUCCAUUGAUGAUUAGCAGAAAUGUUUCAAAUCUGUAACAAUGUGAACAAGGCAGACAAUAGGGGUAAGCUGGAAGAUAUGCAGAUAACUCACCACCAUGUCUGGUAUUGCAAUAUAUAUGUAUGUAAUAAACCAACGGAAUCCUAGUCGCUGUA